GCAAUCCAUGUGUACUUAUGUGGUGACUAUAUGUCAGUGUCACAGGUCAAUGUUGCAUGCAAUUUCUGCCCCCAACACUUGUGUAUGCCACCGGAAAAGCCCUGGCUUUGGAAGAAGACAUUUAGUAACAUCGAGGCUUUGCAUUUCUUCUUCAUUACCUGAUGCAGAUGGAGUUAAAGUGGAGUAUACUCCCUGGCUGAUUAUUGGAUUGGGAAACCCUGGGAAUAAGUAUCAUGGAACCAGGCACAAUGUUGGUUUUGAAAUGAUUGAUCGCAUUUCUCAAGAAGAAGGCAUUAUGUUGAACACAAUACAGUUGAAAGCAUUAAUAGGAAUAGGUUCGAUUGGAGAGGUUCCAGUUUUAUUGGGAAAACCUCAGGCAUACAUGAAUUUUAGUGGGGAAUCGAUUGGACCACUUGCUGCCUACUACCAAGUACCGUUGCGUCACAUCUUAGUGGUUUAUGAUGAGAUAAGCCUGCCAAAUGGUGUCAUGAGGCUUCAACCAAGAGGAGGGCAUGGCCAUCAUAAUGGGUUGAAGAGUGUGAUGGACCAUUUGGAUGGUUGCCGUGAAUUUCCUCGGCUGAGCAUAGGCAUUGGCAAUCCCCCUGGGAAAAUGGAUAUGAGAGCAUAUUUGCUGCAGAAGUUCAUUUCAGAGGAGCGAAAGCAGGUGGAUGCUGCACUCCAACAAGGGGUGGAGGCUGUGCGGACCCUGGUGCUCAAUGGCUUCAAUGAUGGUAUCAGUAGGUUCAACUUACAGCAAAAGUACAAGUAUAACAAAGUUUGAAUCAAAAUUUAGGGAGCGCAAAAGGAUUGAAAUAGGUGGCAGCUGAAAUAGACAUGCCAUAUUUUUUCCUUUUCCUAAGCAUGACAUGCUCUAUGUUUGGAACUUUAGAUUGAACAAGGAGAUUAAAAUUUGUGUGACCUCAGUCUGUACAACCUUAGGUGAUAAUCCAAUCAAUGGAUAUACUUGAUU